AUGCAAUCGAUGAACAUGAAGCUCAUGGAAGGGAAAUCGCAAUUGGCACAUCUACAGUGUUGCAAGAUACCGAAGAGCAUUGGCAGUUGCAUUCUCAGCGAUAUGGGCCUCUGUGAACCUGUUUCAAUCCUGCGUCGAGGCAGAAGGAAGACGAGACUGCUGGCGUCUAUGGGACUGCAGUUGAGAGACAUCCAGGUGUUGUGUCUGGUACUGAUGGUUGUAAUUGAACCGUUUCUUUGCUGUGCCGCUGCGGCUGGUGGCAUGGCCACCCGAACGAGAAUGGCCACACCUGCAGACGACGACGAUUCCUUGGUGAUACUCAGGAACUGCUUUCCCAGCGUUAUACUCAGUUAUGUCACCAUCACGUACACCUGUGAGGUUAACAAUGCCCAACCGCUGAUUGAUUUGGAGCUCUUCGCUUCGUACUAUCAUAAAGAAGACCUCAUUCCUGGAUGGCCGGCGACUCUGGACGCGGAAACCAAUGCCAUUACGUUCCUGCCUGAUCGUGGGGCGCCUUCAGGACGUUGGGAAUUGGUCAUUACAGGGCGUCCUGACAUUUCAAGCACUGCCACAUCUCGGACGAGCAAUAAAAGCAUGGACUUCAUGCUGAUUGCAGAGACCAAUGCGAAUUUCGAUUCAGAAUAUCCAUAUUACGGUAUGGGUGUAUCGUUUGCACCCAAUCUUCCAAGUGGCAUCACGGCUUCCGACUACAUGAUGGUGCGUUCUUUCAAUGACUGCCAGUACACCACAACAACCUGCACCGACACUGUUGGGUGCCACAGAAUGACGCGAACCGCGCAUCUUCCCCCUCCGGGCGAAUACUGGCUCUGUGUGACGUCAAAUGACUGGCAUUCCCAAUACCUUCCGUGGGGUUUGUUCCCUCUUGAGGUGAAGGUGCUGUUGGCCACGCCGCUGUACUUGACAGCUGGUACAGACAGAAAUGUCGUGCUGCAGGAUGCGGUAUCUGUGGUCAGUGGGUUGGACCGUGU